CAAGUAGAGGGGACCAGCAAGGCCCGGUGGGACGGUCAUAACCCGCCUUGGUCAGAGGUCCUUCGGAAGCUUGGUACACAUUGGUCCCCUCUAAUGGACCCCCCCUUGAAAUUUUAACCCACCGAAGUUCUGAAAGAUUGACACGGUAAAAGAGGUCGGAUAAAUAUUCGCAAGACUUUUCGGAGUAUCAGAAGAGUAUGGACAGUUUCCGCUUCAUAUCGCAAUGGAUAUCGCACGACAGAAGACUUUCCGACGACGUUAUCAAAACGCCACCUGACCAGGUAGAGAACGUCGAAAAACCCGGAGGCGAUCCCCAAAAAGAAGAAACGAUCAACGUCGAUCAACCUCUCUGGCCCCAGGACACUUAUCUCGGAAGAUGGAGGCAUUUUGCGUUUAUCACGGAUUGCAGAACGAUUCUAGUAUCAACUGAGAAAUUACUUGCUGCAAAGAAACUAUGCGAGGACUAUAAAGGAAUGGUGGACUCGGGCCUGGAUCAGGAAAAAAUAGGAAUUACCAGGGAAGAAAUAAUUUAUGCGAAGAAACUUCGAGAUAGCUCUUUCCAUCCCGAUAAUGGUGAGCUGACGAACGUCAUCGGGAGGAUGUCUUUUCAGUUUCCUGGCUGCGUCUUCAUCACCGGAGGAAUGCUGGCGUUUUAUAAGUCGGCGAAGGCUGUUCUGGGCUGGCAGUUCUUCAACCAGAGCUUCAACGCGGUUGUAAAUUACACGAAUAGGAAUGCCAAAAGCGACAGCGAAGGCGAUGCAAAUGUCGUGAAACAAGCAUUUAUUUGUGCAACCGUGGCCAGUUGCGGAGCCGCUUUGGGAUUUAGGAAAUUAUUGGCUGGCAGAGGACCCCUCUUUGCGAGAUGGGCUCCCUUUUUUGCGGUUGCCAUGGGCAACAUGACGAACCUGCCGAUAAUGCGACAAAGAGAAAUAGCAAGAGGAAUCGAGCUUUCUUCCAAAGAUGAUGCGGAGUCUCCUUUGAUGUGUUCCCAAUUGGCAGCUGUCAAGGCUAUCGGCGAAUGCGUUAUCACGAGGAUAGUCAUGGCGGCACCAGGAAUGAUUUUCAUCCCUGUGAUAAUGAACGGUAUCAAGCCAUACUGUUUUUAUCAGACGCGACCCUGGAUCGGUCUGCCCAUAGAAAUUGCCUUGUGCUCGGCAAUCCUCUUGAUCAUGAUCCCUUCAGCCUUGGCGAUUUACCCUCAAAGGAACUCGCUGAAUGUCGCUCUCUUAAAACUAAUACCCGAAGAAUACGACGAGUUCCAGGAGAAGGCACAACGGAAACAAUUAGAUUUGAACAUUCUUUAUUACAACAAGGGUUUAUGA